AUGACAAAAUAUUUACGAAUUGUCGCCAGAAGCUUUUCACACAAACUCACACCGUCUGUAGAGAUAGCUAAGUUAUGGAUUGACGAAUUGUCAGCUGCGAAGCUUCCUAAGAGAGACUUUCAGGUUAGAUUUGAUAGAUCAAGUGGCCCGGGUGGACAGAAUGUAAAUAAAGUUAACACUAAGUGUACUAUUACCCUACCAAAUUUUAAAUCUGCUAAUUGGAUACCCAAUGAAGUAAAAAAUGCAAUAAUUAAAAAUAAAUUUCGAUAUUAUGCAGCAGGAACUGAUUCUUUAGUGAUACAGUCACAAGAGUCACGAUCUAGAGGAAACAAUGAAUCAAUAUGUUAUGAUAAACUUAUAUCUGAGAUUAAAGCCUGUUGUCAGUUUGGAUCAAAUACAAGCGAACCAACAAUCCAAAAAUGGAAUAGUUUCAAACGCCAAGCUAAUGAAAAAAGGUUAAAUAGUAAAAAGGUAGCCAGUUCAAAAAAACAAUCUCGUAAAAAAGACUUCAACAUUAAUUAUUAG